GCGCUGGGUGGCUGUGGGUUGUGCGUCUGAGCGAAGCGCGUGGGGAUCCAAAUCUGCUCAAGCCAGCAGCACCUGCCACCAUGUCGGCCUUCACUCUGGCUGACUACGUGGUAUGCGGCAUGAUGUUGUCCAUCUCUGCUAUGAUAGGCGUGUACUUCGCGUGCACAGGCGGCCGACAGAGAAGUCAGGCGGAGUACCUGCUGGCGGACCGCAGCAUGGGCUCGCUACCGGUUGCUUUUUCGCUGCUGGCCAGCUUCAUGUCGGCCAUCACGCUGCUGGGUGUCAGCGCCGAGAACUACCGGUUCGGGACACAGUUCGUGCUCAUCAACGUCUCGUACGCCAUCGCUACGCCAAUCGCCGCCUACUGCUACCUCCCAGUCUUCUACCGGCUCUCGGAGUACUCCGUGUACCAGUACCUGGAGUGCCGGUUCGGCGUGCUGACCCGUGUCCUGUGCUCGCUGGCCUUCUCGGUCCAGAUGGUUCUCUACAUGGGCAUCGUGCUGUACGCGCCGGCCAUCGCGCUUAGCACCGUCACCGGGAUCAGCCUGUGGCUGUCCGUGCUGCUCGUCGGUCUCGUCUGCACGUUCUACUCGACUCUGGGCGGCAUGAAGGCGGUCCUGGUCACGGACGUGUUCCAGACGCUGCUGAUGUUCGCGGCCAUCUUCGCCGUCAUUGCUGUGGGCUGCGUGAAGAUGGGCGGCCCGGCCGAGGUCUGGAGGAUCGCCGACGACGGCGGUCGGAUCCAGUUCUUCAACUUCUCGCCGGACCCGACUGAGCGCCACACGGUGUGGUCGCUGGCGGUGGGCGGCAUCUUCAUCUACCUCAGCCUGUACGCGGUGAACCAGGCGCAGGUGCAGCGGCUGCUGACCAUCGGUCGGCUGCGCCGCUCGCAGCUGGCGCUCUGGCUGCAGUGGCCCAUCCUCACGCUGCUCAGCCUCAGCACCUCGUUCGCCGGCCUCGUCAUCUACGCCUUCUACCACGGCUGCGACCCGUUCCUCGCCGGCAAAGUGCAGCUUCCCGACCAGCUGCUGCCGCGGUUCGUGAUGGACACGAUGCGUGACAUCCCCGGCCUGCCCGGCCUCUUCGUGGCGGGUAUCUUCUCCGGCUCGCUCAGCACCGUCUCCUCGGCCGUCAACUCGCUGGCCGCCGUCACCGUCCACGACUAUGUCCGGAUGGUGCCGUGCUGGUCCCAGCAGCCGGAGGAGUGGGAGCUGCCGCUCACUAAGCUGCUCUCGCUCGGCUACGGCCUGCUCUGCCUGGCCGUGUCCUACGUCGUCUCCAAGCUGGGCAAGAGCGUGCUGACGGCGUCGCUGACCAUCUUCGGCGCCGUCGGCGGCCCGCUGCUGGGCGUGUUCACGCUCGGCAUGGCUGUGCCCUGCGCCAACCAGCGGGGCGCUGUGACGGGCCUGCUGCUGGGUCUGGCGCUGACCCUGUGGAUCGGCUUCGCACCCAAGCCCGCCCCGGUGGCUCUGCCCGUCUCCAGCGACCUGUGCUACAAUGGCACGCACGUGGCCGGCGUGGUGGUGCCCGACUACGAGGGCAUCGACGACGGCACCGACGACAACACCACAGCCGUACUGCUCGGCACCGCCAGCCCGCUCCAAGCCAGUGAGAAGUACUUCUACCUGUACCGGAUCUCGUACAUGUGGAUCUCGAUGAUCGGGUUCGCGGUGACGUGCGCGGCGGGCGGCCUGGCGUCGCUGGUCGGCCCACGCGACCCCGCGGUGCCGCACAGCCUGCUCAGUCCUCCGGUCGCCUGGCUCCUCCGGCGCUGGGGCUCUCAGGAGCCGUCCCCCAGCCGGGCGAAGCUGAACAGCGACGCUCCGACGGUCGAGCUGGAGCUGUUCGAGGCCAAGACGCGGCUCUGACCUCUGACGCUGGUCUUGCCUGGCCUGACCUGACCUGACCUGGCCUGAACUGACCCCACCCAGCGAAACAACCUGCCCCGCCGGGCGGCCGUCUCUCCUGGCAGGCCCGCCCGCGCCGCGCAGGGCUGCUGGGCUGCCGUGUCUGGUCGCGCCGCCGCUCGAGCCGGCAUCUGACGUGUGCACUGGCCGCGGGCGUGCGUGGGUGUCUCCGGGGCCAGUGCGGAGCGGCGCACCGCUGUGUGCCGCUGGCCGAGCGAGAGCUGACCGCUCCCGACUGAGAGCCGCAGCAGCACGAGCCGGGCACGGUCGGCGUGCUGGCUGGGCCCCGUCCGCCACGUGUCGGGGUCCUGGCGCUGGGGGCUGCUAGAGCUAGUGCCAACUCCACAGGCCGUGUGACACACUGUGUCUGCCACACCCUCGGUUUGCCCCGCUGUCCGGCACAAACACCGGCAUCGCGAGGGAGCGGGGGUGCCGUCUUCCGGCCUGCUUGGGGAGCUGGCGGUGGUGGCGGUUCUCUGUGUGGACGCAUGACCUGGCGCGUAGUCGCGACGGGCGUGCGGGACGUCAGUGGUCCCCUGCCGACCGGCGGUGGUGUCGGCACUGACGGGUGUCUGGCGGGUGUUGGUGUCGUCUGGGCCGUGGACGGACCGCUGCGCGUAUUCGUGUUGUGAGUCGGUACCUGUGCAGUCCAGCGGUGCCACAGAUUGGUGUGGUAAGUGUUCGGUGUUUGGUCGCGGCACCUGCGCGAUUGGGCGUUAAUGCCGUAACAAUGUGCAAUAGCAAGCCGUCCGUUGUCAAGGCAACGCUAGCACUGGUUCAGUUCAGUGUCAUCUCCAGCGAUCUCGUGUCUCACUGCUCUCCUUAGUGUCUUGUGUCGUCGGGCGUAGCGUGUGACCUUCCUGUCGUAUGAUGCCGGUCUUCCGCGGAUAGAUGAAAUGUCCGCAGCCGAUCCGUCCCCACCGUACCCGCCACUGGUCAACACACACACACACACACACACACGCACGCACGCACGCACGCACGCACGCACGCACGCACGCACGCACGCACGCACGCACGCACGCACGCACGCACGUAUCGUGCUGGGCUUCCACGAGCGUCUCGUCGGACGGCGAGGAUGCCCAACUCACUCGCCCAUGUCUGUCAGGUGAACGUGUCAAUCGGCGUGGGAAGCAAUGCUGCUGCACAGCUUGGAUCGCGGAUGGGUCUUGCGUGUCAUAAGUGCGUGUGGGGAUGGGAGUGCGUCAAGUCACGCACGCAUACCCGCCGGGCUAUAUGGGGACGCAGUCAUUACCACCUUUAGGAUUUAAAAGGUGUUUGCCAUCUCGCGAGUAUAUCAUGACGUACUCGCGUUGGGGAAACUAGAGGUACGGGGCUCGA